AAUUCUGGGAGGACGCGUCGAUGGUUGCCGAUGGCAGAAUAAAAUUUUGCACUCUUCGUUGAAUAUAUAUUUUCGAUUGUAUUAAUAAUUCAAUUGUAAUGUGCAAACAAACAAAUUUAAAUUGUACGCUGUAUUCCUGGACAUUGAAGUUUAAGAUGGCGCGUCAAACAUCGGGAAAUUUGCCCAUCAAGGCUGGUGGCCGCCUUCAGAUUUCUCUCUGGCGAUAUACUCGUCGUGAUCUGGUUAGAUUCUAACCUACGUUUUGUUUGCCAGUUCGACCUCAAGUAGACAAAUCAGGUUCGUACUAAAAGCGACCAAAGCUCAACGUGUCCAUCGGGCCCAUAAAAGCCUUCCUGUCCCCGCGCCUCUAAAGCCCUCACGUGGCACAGUUGGGCGCUGGGCCAGGCUGUGCAACGCUAGACCGGUGAGUUCCCACACAAAAUAUUGCUUGGUAGCACGGCGGGCACUCAAAACCAACUAACCAUGUCUGUACAAAGUGUUGCUCUGGCAUCUCUCAACUCCGCUUAUACCGACUCGGAGGGCGAGGACGGGGUGGAAGACGAGCGCCUGCAGGAGGAGAAUUCGAACACUCCCCAGGGGGCCGCCCCGCAUAAUGCCCAAGUCGGUCGUCAGCCCCAGGCCCGAUCUGCCACCAGUCCCAUAUCUGGAGGCCGUUCAGCCUCGCACAGUCCCGUCGUCGGCAAGUCUGCCGGUAGUAGCGACUUGCCGGGCGCGGCUACGAAGGUGCAACGAUUGGUCUCUUAUUUUGACGAUACGGUAGUCUCCGAGGACGAUGAGGGGGCGGCCGUUGCUGCGCUGCCGUCGCCGUCGCCGUCGCCAGCACCGGCACCGUCGUUGACGACGGCGAGCGCGACGAUCGCCACGACGGUCGCGGAAGGUCGUCCCGAGGAGAACGGUCUCCCGGUCGCGACAGCCAUUGGCACUGCCGUAACCGCCACCGCCGUCACUGUCGCCAUCGGUAGCGGCGGCGCUGAGCGCCGGUCGCCCUCCUCGCGUUCCGGAGAAUUGCUUUCAGAUAAUAACGGGGAAACUAAGGACCCUUACGGUGUGACGAUACCACCAGAACCCACGGGUCAAUGUCCCGCCGAACUGCAGGACAAGAUUGCGAGGUUGUAUCGGAAAAUGGAAAGUGACGGGCUAGACAUGAACACAUUGAUCCAGCAGCGCAAGGAAUUCCGGAAUCCAUCCAUUUACGAGAAACUUAUUCAGUUUUGUAGCAUCAACGAGCUGGGCACCAACUAUCCACCGGAUAGGUUCGAUCCGUUCAAAUGGAGCAAGGACUCGUACUACGAGGAACUCGCCAAGGUGCAGAAAACAGAGAUGGACAAACUUGAGAAGGCGCGCAAGGAGAAAACCAAGAUUGAGAUCGUAUCUGGCACUGCGAAGCGGCCAAAUAGCUCCACCGGCAGCGGUGCCGACGAACCAUUGAGAACCGACGAUGCUAAAAAACGGAAAAGUAAGUGGGACCAAGUGGCGUCCGGAGGCGUCGCCGCCGCUGCUGCUGUCGCAGCUGCUGCCGCCGCCGCCGCGACAGCCAAGCCCACGGUGCUCCUCGCACAACCUACUCUGACGACUCUCGCGUCGUCCGGCGCCAAAUCUACUGUUAUAUCGGCCUUCGGUUCGUUGCCAAAAAAGAGAUUAUAACAUAUCGUAUAAAUGUAUAUGCUCUGUGUAAAUAAUAUUCAUUAAGAGAGAAACGUCAUCCUCUUCGUUGUGAGGAAAGGGAGACACGAUCUUGUACGCUUCUGGAGACUUAAAUCCUUGCAUGGUUGUUGGAUUCUUUUUUAAAAUAGCAUUUUAGAGAAUUGGUGUCUAUAGAUAGAAUUCUGGAUAACAUCAAUUAUCUAUAAUCUAUCUAUAGAUCUGAUUUUAUUCUUCUAGUCUUGAAUUCUUAAAUUCAUAAGUUCUUAAAUUUCUGUUUUCUUGGGUACAUUUUUUGAAUUUUCAGAUUUUUUAACUUGAAACAUAUUGCAAGAAUAUAACAGCAACAAAAGUCGAAUCAAUUAAUUCUCGGUCUUAAAUCGUUUAGCAAGAGUUUGACUCUUGUGAAAUUAAGAACCUAGGAGAAAUAUAAAAAUAUAAACACGCAUAAUUAGAAAUUUAAAGAAUUAU